GGGGCUGGACGGGGCGGCGGGCGGCGGGUGGCGGGCACCAGGGACGCGGGCGGCGGGAGUGCGGGUCGGGUCGGGGCGGAGCGAAGGCCGCGGGUGGCCGUGGUCGGUCCUCCGCGGCUAAGGAGCCGAGGGCUCCGACGCGGGCUGCGCCGGGUGCGCGGCGGCCAGAGCUAACUUGCGCUUACUGGAUCAGCUGAGGAGCGGCCCGGCGGGGCGACUGCGAGCUUCACCGAGAGGCUUCUCCGCCCUCGACCGCAGUCCUGACGGCCGGGCGGACCAUGGCGUCCUCGGCUCACCUGGUCACCAUCAAGCGGAGCGGCGAGGACGGGGCACACUUCCCGCUGAGCCUCAGCUCCUGCCUGUUUGGAAGGAGCAUUGAAUGUGACAUUCGUAUCCAGCUGCCUGUAGUGUCAAAAAGACAUUGCAAAAUUGAAGUCAAAGAGCAAGAGGCAAUAUUACAUAAUUUAAGUUCCACCAAUCCAACGCGAGUAAAUGGGGCUACUAUAGAUGAGCCUGUGAGGCUGAGACAUGGAGACAUAAUAACAAUCAUUGACCGCUCCUUUAGGUAUGAAGAUGGAAAUCCUGAGGACGGAAGCAAGACAACAGAAUUUCCAGGAAAGUCCCUUGGAAAGGAACCAGCGAGGCGAGCCUCAAGAGACAGCUUCUGUGCUGACCCUGAUGGGAAAGGUCAAGAUGCCAAAGCUUCAAAAAUGACUGCUUCAAGAAGAUCGUUUGUGCAUGCCAAGGGCCUUUCUGCAGAUAGUCCUGCCUCAGAUGGCUCAAAGAACAGUGUUAGCCAAGACUCAUCAGGGCAUGUAGAACAGCACAAUGGCAGAAACAUAGUAGAGCCCACUUCUGGCGAUCUCUUUAAGAAGUCCAGGGCUACAGGGAGCAGUUACAGGGAACUGAAGUCGUCUCCUGCACAGAGCCUUAGCCAUAGCAACGAAAAGGAAUCUCCCUUUGAGAAACUUUAUCAGUCAAUGAAGGAAGAGUUGGAUGUAAAAUCACAGAAAUCUUGUAGAAAAUCAGAACCCCAACCUGACCGUGCAGCAGAAGAAUCUCGGGAGAUACAGCUAUUGGUGUCAGGCAAGGCAAGAGCAAAGUCUAGUGGAAGCACCCCUGUUACUGCAGCCUCUUCACCCAAAGUAGGAAAGAUCUGGGCUGAGAGAUGGAGCGGUGGAAUGGUGCCUGUUCAGACUUCCACAGAGACUGCUAAAAUGAAGACCCCUGUGCGGCAUUCACAGCAACUUAAGGAUGAAAAGUCUCGUGUUAUUGGCAGAAGACAUUCUGUGAAUCUGGAUGAAGGUGAAAGUGUCUUGGCAGUCCAUAAAAUAGUCACUCCUGGGAAACUGGCGACUAGAAACCAAGCUGAGGUGGAGGCUGGAGAUGUUGCCAGCCCUGCUGAUACAGCAGAACGUUCCUCUUCCAAAAAGAGGAAUAUUCCUGCAAAGGUAGAGGCUCCAUCUGCAGAGACACAAAAGCGGCUCUCUUUAACUCAGCGCCUUGUUCCAGGUGAAAAGAAAACUCCCAAGGAUUCCUUCAGCAAGCCUGAGAAACUAGCCCCAGCAGCCGAACAGACUUGCUCUGGCCUACCUGGUCUUAGUUCCGUUGAUAUCAGCAACUUUGGUGAUUCCAUUAACAAGAGUGAGGGAAUGCCUAUGAAGAGAAGACGUGUAUCCUUUGGUGGACAUCUAAGACCUGAAUUAUUUGAUGAAAACUUGCCUCCUAAUACACCACUGAAAAGAGGAGAAACCCCGAGCAGGAGGAAGUCUCUGGGCACUCACAGCCCAGCGGCCCUGAAGACAAUCAUCAAGGAACGGCCCCAGUCUCCAGGGAAACAAGAGUCUCCUGGGAUAACUCCAUCAAGGACAAAUGAUCAAAGACGCAGAUCAGGCCGGACUUCCAGUGGAAGCAAAUUCUUAUGUGAGACAGACAUUCCCAAGAAAGCAGGCAGGAAUAGCGGCAACCUGCCUGCGAAGAGAGCAUCCAUCAGCCGGAGUCAGCACGGCAUUCUACAGAUGAUUUGCUCCAAAAGGCGGAGUGGAGCUUCUGAAGCCAACUUGAUUGUUGCAAAAUCAUGGGCUGAUGUUGUAAAACUUGGCGUGAAACAAACACAAACGAAAGUUGUGAAACAUGUCCCUCAAAAGCAGAUGAGCAAGAGACAAAGAAGACCCAGUACUCCAAAGAAACCCACAAGCAAUCUUCACAAUCAAUUUACUACAGGCCAUGCAAACUCUCCCUGUACCAUUGUAGUAGGGAGAGCGCAGAUUGAAAAAGUAAGUGUGCCUGCCCGACCCUACAAAAUGCUGAACAACUUGAUGCUAAACCGAAAAGUGGACUUCAGUGAAGAUCUGUCAGGACUAACUGAAAUGUUCAAGACUCCAGUGAAGGAGAAGCAGCAGCAGAUGAGUGAUAUAGGCUCCGUUCUUUCCAAUUCAGUGAAUUUGUCUGAAAGACAAUUGCAAGUAACUAAUUCAGGAGACAUACCCGAGCCCAUCACCGCAGAGAUUUUGGGAGAAAAAGUGCUCUCCAGUACUCGGAAUGCAGCAAAGCAUUCUGAUAGAAUAUCUGAUAGAUAUUCUGCAAGUCCUACCUUAAGAAGGCGGAGCAUCAAACAUGAAAACACAGUGCAAACUCCUAAGAAUGUCCAUAACAUUACUGACCUUGAGAAGACAACUCCAGUCUCUGAGACAGAGCCUCUGAAGACUGCAUCGAGUGUGACCAAGUUAAGAAGAUCUAGAGAGCUCAGACAUACUCUUGUGGAAACUAUGAAUGAAAAAACAGAAGCAGUCCUUGCUGAGAGCACCACAGCAAGACAUUUAAGGGGAACAUUUCAAGGACAAAAAGAAGAUCAACAGGUGCAGGACAAUGAAAACUCUCCUCAAAGAUGCAAGGAAAGUGGUGAAUUAAGUGAAGGUUCAGAAAAGACAUCAGCUAGGAGAUCAAGUGCCAGGAAGCAGAAGCCAACAAAAGACUUACUAGGAAGUCAGAUGGUCACCCAAACAGCAGACUAUGCUGAGGAAUUACUUAGUCAAGGACAAGGAACCAUACAAAACCUAGAGGAAUCCGUGCACAUGCAAAACACAUCAAUAAGUGAGGAUCAAGGAAUUACAAAAAAGAAAGUGAACAUAAUGGUAUAUGCAACCAAAGAGAAGCACUCGUCAAAGACCCCUGGCAAAAAGACACAACCUUUAGAAGGCCCAGCUGGUCUCAAGGAACACUUUGAAACACCAAACCUCAAAGAUAAACCUGGUGCCAGUGACCCUGUGAGCAUUGAAGAAAGUGCAAAGACGUCUUUGGAAUCUUCACAAGCAGAACCAGUCAGAACCCCGGCAAGCACAAAGAGACGGUCUAAGAUGAGUCUCAUGAAAGUGGAUAUGAAAGACCUUUCCAUACUUGAGAAACAAACACAGUCACAAGGCAGAGCCCCAGGCACACCAGCACCAGUGCAGGAAGAAAAUGACAGCACCACCUUCAUGGAAACUCCAAAUUCAACACUUGGGAAAAGAACAAAGUCACCAGGCAGAGCCCCAGGCACACCAGCACCAGUGCAGGAAGAAAAUGACAGCACCACCUUCAUGGAAACUCCAAAGCAGAAACUGGAGUCUAUAGGAAAUUUAACAGGGCUUAGGAAACAGUCCAGAACACCUAAAGAAGAACUUUUAGAAUCAGAGGAACACCUACAAUUAGGAGAAGGUGUAGACACACUUCAGGUACCCACCACCAACAAAGUCAUUAGAUCAUCUAGGAAACCUGCAAAGCGCAAACUGGAGUCAACAGCUUGUACACCUAACAGCAAGAGGAUGCGACGUUCUUCAAAGGAUAACACACCAUGCCUAGAAGACCCGAAUGGGUUCCAACAGCUCUUCCAAACACCAGGCUAUGCUAAGGACUCUUUGACCACUGGAAUCUCAACAAUGCUUGCUAGAUCACCACAAUUAGGACCAGUUAGAACCCAAAUCAACAGAAAGAGUCUGCCCAAGAUCAUCCUGAGAAAAAUGGAUGUGACAGAAGAACUUUCAGGUCUCUGGAAGCAGUCACUGGACAGAGCCCACACCACACCUGUGCAGGAGGAUAAUGCAGUCAAAGCAAUUAUGGAGAUUCCAAAGGAAACACUGCAGACUACAGCAGAUGGAACUAGACUUACCAGACAGCCACAAACACCUAAGGAAAAAGUCCAACCGCUGGAAGAUCACGGUGGCUUCCAAGAACUCUUCCAAACAUCACGCUACUGUUCUGAUCCAUUAAUUGGUAACAAACAAACAAGAAUGUCCUUGAGAUCUCCACAAUCAGGAUUUGUUAGAACUCCACAAACCUCAAAGAGACUGGCUAAGACAAGUGUUGGGAAUAUUGCUGUGAGAGAAAAGAUCUCUCCAGUGAAUCUGCCACGGUGUGCUACAGGGGAGGUUGUACAUAUACCCAUAGGGCCAGAAGAUGACACAGAGAACAAAGGUGUGAAGGAAUCCACACCUCAGACACUGAACUCAUCAGCAAGUCGAACUGUCAGGAAGAAGCAGCAAGGGGCACAUGAGGAAAGGCCUCAGUUCUCAGGAGACUUAUUUCAUCGCCAAGAGCUCUUUCAAACACCAGCCAGUGGCAAAGACCCAGGAACUGUUGAUGAAACUACAAAAAUAGCUCUGCAGUCUCCACAACCAGGACAUAUCAUAAACCCAGCAAGCAUGAAGAGAUGGUCCAACAUGAGUCUCAUGAAAGACAUGAGAGAACUUUCCAUACUUGAAAAACAAACACAGUCACAAGGCAGAGACACAGGCACACCAGCACCAAUGCAGGAAGAAAAUGGCACCACAGCCAUUAUGGAAACUCCAAAGCAGAAACUGGAUUUCAUAGGAAAUUCAACAGGACAUAAGAGGAGGCCACGGACACCCAANAACAGGGCUCAGCCCCUAGAAGACCUGGAUGGCUUCCAAGAACUCUUCCAAACACCAGCUGGUGCCAGUGACCCUGUGAACAUUGAAGAAAGUGCAAAGACAUCUUUGGAAUCUUCACAAGCAGAACCAGUCAGAACCCCGGCAAGCACAAAGAGACGGUCUAAGAUGAAUCUCAUGAAAGUGGAUAUGAAAGACCUUUCCAUACUUGAAAAACAAACACAGUCACAAGGCAGAGCCCCAGGCACACCAGCACCAGUGCAGGAAGAAAAUGACAGCACCACCUUCAUGGAAACUCCAAAACAAGCAGAACCAGUCAGAACCCCGGCAAGCACAAAGAGACUCUCCAAGACAGGUCUCAGUAAGGUGGAUGUGAGAGGAGGGCACUCUCCGCUCAGUAAGUCAAGCUGUGCAUCACAGGAAGUCAUGCAAACCCUCACACUUGGAGAAGAUCAUGGCAGAGAGACCAAAGAUGUGAAGGUAUUGUUAGCUCAGAAAUUGGAGCCAGCAGUAUAUGUUACUCGUGGCAAGAGGCAGCAAGGGUCAUGUAAGAAAAGGUCCCAGUCCCCAGAAGAUCUCUUUGGUCUUCAGGAGGUCUCCCAAACAUCAGGCCCUAACAAGGAUUCGGUGACACUGGACAAUCUUGCAAAACUGCCCAGCUUGUCUCCACCACCAGAGUCAAUAGACACUUCAGUAACCUCACGGAGACAGGCCAGAACCGGUCUGAGGAAAGUUCAUGUGAAAAAUGAACUUUCAGGAGACAUAAUGCAUCCACAAAUAUCAGGGGAAAUCGUGGACUUACCUAGAGAACCAGAAGGUGAAGGCAAAGUCAUUAAAACAAGGAAGGAAUCUGUAAAACGGAAAUUGGACACAGAAGUGAAUGUGCCUCGCAGUAAGAGGCAAAGAAUUACAAGAGCAGAAAAGACCCUAGAGGAUCUGCCUGGCUUCCAAGAGCUCUGCCAAGCUCCAAACUUGGUAAUGGACUCAGUUAUUGUCGAGAAAACCACAAAGAUGCCCAGCAAAUCUCCAGAACCUGUGGAUACAACUUCAGAGACACAGGCAAGAAGACGACUCAGGAGACUGGUUGUUACUGAAGAGCCCAUACCACAAAGAAAGACUACAAGAGUUGUAAGGCAAACCAGAAACACACAGAAAGAGCCCGUCAGUGACAAUAAAGGUAUGGAAGAGUUUAAGGAAUCUUCAGUACAGAAACAAGACCCAAGUGUAAGUUUAACUGGCAGGAGGAACCAACCAAGGACAGUUAAGAAGAAAACCCAACCCUUAGAAGAACUCACCAGUUUCCAAGAGGAAACUGCCAAAAGAAUACCUUCCAAAUCUCCGCAACCAGAAGAGAAGAAAACCUUAGCAGGUUUAAAGAGGCAGCUCCGAAUACAACCACUCAGCAUUGGUGUAAAAGAAGAGCCCACAGCACAAAGAAAGCAACCAUCCAGGGAAACCAGGAACACACUCAAAGAGCCUGUGGGUGACAGUAUAAAUGUUGAAGAGGUUAAGAAGUCUACAAAGCAGAAAAUUGAGCCAGUAGCAAGUGUGCCUGUCAGCAAGAGGCCACGGAGGGUACCCAAGGAAAAGGCACAGGCCCUAGAACUGGCUAGUCUCAAAGGACCAAUCCAAACCCUAGGUCACACUGAUGAAUCAGCAAGUGAUAAAGGACCCACACAGAUGCCCUGUAAUUCUCUACAACCAGAGCAAGUUGACAGCUUCCAAACCUCACCAAGGCGACCUAGGACAAGACGUGGGAAAGUAGAGGCAGAUGAAGAGCCUUCAGCAGUAAGGAAGACAGUAUCAACAUCAAGGCAAACUAUGCGAUCCCGCAAGGUCCCUGAAAUUGAUAACAAUGGUACCCAAGUUUCAAAGGCCUCCAUAAAGCAGACAUUAGAUACAGUAGCCAAAGUAACUGGCAGCAGGAGGCAGCUAAGGACACAUAAGGAUGGGGUUCAACCUCUUGAAGUGUUAGGUGACUCCAAAGAAAUAACCCAAAUAUCAGAUCACUCUGAGAAACUAGCACACAACACCAGUAUCCUUAAGAGCACUCAACAGCAAAAGCCAGACUCAGUAAAACCUCUGAGAACAUGCAGAAGAGUGCUGAGGGCCUCCAAAGAGGACCCCAAGGAAGUGUNGGUGGACACCAGAGACCAUGCAACAUUACAAAGCAAAAGCGACCGUUUGCUGUCCCCCAAGAGGAAGUCUGCAAGAGGUGGAAGCAUUGUGAGAACCAGGGCUCUGCGCUCUGUAGCACCAAAGCAGGAAGCAACAGAUGAGAAGCCUGUUCCUAAGAAAAAAAGGGCUGCUUCCAGCAAGAGGCAUGUAUCACCUGAGCCUGUGAAGAUGAAACACCUGAGAAUUGUGUCAAACAAACUUGAAUCUGUGGAAGAGCAGGUUAGCACUGUUAUGGAAACAGAAGAAAUGGAAGCCAAAAGAGAAAACCCUGUCACUCCAGAUCAGAACUCUAGGUACCGAAAGAAAACCAAUGUAAAACAGCCGAGACCCACGUUUGAUGCAUCUGCAGAGAAUGUUGGGAUAAAGAAAAAUGAGAAGACUAUGAAGACUGCCUCCCAGGAGACAGAGCUGCAGAAUCCGGAUGAUGAAGCCAAGAAAUCUACAUCUCGGGGCAAAGUCAGUGGGAAAAGAACGUGCAUGAGGUCUAGAGGAACGACUGAGAUUUCCCAGCCUUCCGACGCAGAAGAGAAAACAAGCAAACCAGCUGCAGAAAUCUUGGUAAAGCCUCAGGAAGAGAAAGGAGUCUCUGGAGAGUCUGAUGUUAGGUGUUUGAGGUCCAGAAAAACUAGAGUCNCUUUGGACAGUGAACCUAAGUCAAGGGUAACUCGUGGAGCCAAGAAAGAUGCAAGAACUCUGCAGGAGGAUGAAGACAUUGUAUGCACCAAGAAGUUAAGAACAAGAAGUUAAAAACAAGAAGUUACCAGAAAAGUGAAACUAUGUAGCAAAGACAUUUAAGAAGGAAAAGUAAAUUUGACUUAGUGAUAAGUUCCAGUGUGAUUUUCACCUCCAGUGUAAAGAUGAACUGUAAAUACUACUGCCUGAGUUUAAGGAAGGAAGCUUUGAGCUUUCCUGGUCAUACUCUCUUCAGAUUCCAGUGGAGGUCAUGAGGAAGAUCACCGGGGUCUCAGCGCAAUAACAGUUUAGGGAUGAGCAGGCAGAAAUGUGGCCCUCUGUCCUACACAAUAAAGCUCUGAAAUUC